AGCGCACACGAAGGCACAGUGCACAGAGGGGCAGUCUCACAUUUCACAGGACGGAGGGACGAUUUGCGCUGUCAGAGCUGCUCAUAAGUUGUGUUAAGCACUUUUACCGGCAGCACGGUUUACGGGACUCAGUCUGGGAAAGUGGUGACUUUUCAGAGGCAAUACAGACUACGGAAUGACAAGUCAGUCCUGGCAAUAUUAACCAAGAGGAAAGCAUUGUGUUUCUAGCCUAUUUCACUGAUCGUUUUUCCCACAUGAAGCAAAGUGUAACUUCGAGACAGGAUUUUGUGGUGAAAGUCUGCUUAGUGGAACCGUGCACCCCAACAUCAGGCUGCUAACAACCACGAAGAGAUGAACAUUACAUUCUUCGACCCAGUCGGGCUGACCCAGGGCGCGCUGUUUAACGGGAGCCAGAUUCUCGCCGGUACUCUGGUAAACUGCUGUAAUGAAACAGACGUGGCAACCAAUGACGGUGGUUCGCUGGUGUUGCCUCCAGACGAACGAAAACUCUUCAUCAUGCGCGUAGUGCAGAUCGCCGUCUUGUGCGUCUUAUCGCUCACGGUAAUGUUCGGCAUCUUCUUCCUUGGCUGCAACCUCAUGAUUAAAUCGGAGAGUAUGAUUAACUUUCUGGUAAAAGACCGGAGACCUUCCAAAGACGUGGAAGCGGUAAUGAUUGGACUCAGCUAGUCCAAAACGAUGGGCGAUGGGUGUGUUGCGCACGGACUGUGGCCUCACCAUGUACCAUACGCCUCUCCUAGGCGCUCUGUUUCUUGGUGCGACGAUGAUAUGCAAAUAGUAUUAUUAUCUUAAUAUUACGAUUGAUUCGAAACUACCAAUUUUUCUUGAAGAACAAAUGUGCUCAAAGAACCAGCAAAGUAUUGUUUACAUGUGUGUGAUAUGUUCACCGAAAAAAUAUUUUGCUUGCCAACUUGAACAAAGUAACUAAAAUGUUUACAUGUUGUUAGCUCGAAUUCAACAACUUUUAAAUUAAGUUUAGGAACGAAUGUAUAACAUUCCCGACCACGGGGCAUGUAGUAAGAUGCGCGAUUUAGUGUCAGGUGUCACAGUACUUUAGGCGUAGAUGUUCUUGUAUUUCUCAUCCAGAUUCGUAGUGGCAUGUGGGUUAAAACACAUAAGGCACAGGAAUAUUGCACGUUUACCAAUUAACUCCAUCAAUGUUUACACUGUGUAGGCUAUUUCCGUUAAGCAUGCACUGCUUGGUCCGUGCGUGAUUUUGGACCAAAUGUUUUUGCACUUUUCGUAAUCAGAAAAUACAAGAAAACAAUGCUGCAUGGUUUUUGUAUUAUACCACUCUAAACAAAUGUGCAGCAUGCUUCGAAUAAAGUAAACUUGUUUUGUUCUGCUUAUUGUCUUCUUAAUGGUAGCCUGUGUUUGACACUAUAGGACAAACUACUACUGUCUAUAACAAUAGGCUAUAGCUUAAUCCUAUUUGUCCCAAUAUUCUUUUGCGAUUACUUGCAAGUUCAAGAUGAACGACCACCACUGGGAAAUGAUGUGACAUUUUAUCUGCGAGGUUGGAGAAGUUGUUAAUGAAAAAUGUAUUUCAGUCAAGCAACUGUCAUUUCAUAGCUCAGAUAAACAUAGACCUUUAAAAAUGCAUGACGCAAGGCUUCUACACUUACUAUGUCUCACUGGCACCUUAGAGACACCAAGCUGUCUCGCCACCCUCAGUCAGAUCAACAUACAUCCUUGAAUAAAAAUACGUUUCUGAAUUAUUGA